AUGAUAAGUGAGAUAAGAAAAGAAAUGGAAUAUUUAUUUUUAUGUAAAAAUCGCCAUAAAAUUACUAUUGUUGGUAGUCAAAAUAAAAAAAAAAGAAUGCAAACAAAUUUAAUUAUAAGAAGAUAUAAAAACACAGUUGCAAGUAAAUUGGUUUCAUUAGAAACAAUUCUUAAGACAAAAAAAUUAGAUUUUAAAGAUUAUCAAGUAUCCCCAAUUAAAGAUGUAAAAAGAUACAUUGUUGAUUGUAUGAAAAGUGUUGGUACUGAUACUGAUCAUGCAAAGAUGUUAGCUGAUGUAUUAGUAAAAGGAGAUAAUAGAGGACAUUAUAGUCAUGGAAUUAAUCGUCUUGAAAUGUAUAUGAGGGAUGUUAAAACAGGAGCAUGUAAAGGAAAGGGAGAACCAAAAAUAUUGAACGAUUUUGCAGCAACAUCAUGGGUUGAUGGAAAUAAUCUAUUAGGACCAGUUGUUGGAAAUUUUUGUACAAAUUUAGCCAUUGAAAAAGCUAAAAAUUUUGGAAUUUCUUUAGUUUCAUCAAAAGGAUCAAAUCAUUAUGGUAUUGCAGGAUAUUACACAUUAAAAUGUAUAGAAUCUGGAAUGAUAGGUAUUUCAAUGACAAAUACAUCACCAUUAAUGUUUCCAACACGUUCUGGUAAAACAGCUUUAGGGACAAAUCCAAUAUCUUUUGGGGCCAAAGGUAAUAAUGAUGAUUCAUUUGUUCUUGAUAUGGCUACAACAACAGCAGCUGUUGGGAAAAUUGAACUUUCAAAAAGAAAAAAUAUCAAAGUCCCAAAUACAUGGGGUGCUGAUAAAACAGGAAAUGUUUCCACAGAUCCAUCAGAAAUUCUUGAUGGAGGUGGAUUAUUACCAUUAGGUGGUAUGGAAGAACUUGGAGGUUACAAAGGUACAGGUCUCGCAGCAAUGGUUGAAUUAUUAUGUGGCAUCCUUUCUGGAGGAACAUGGGGACCUCAUGUUCGUAAGUGGAUGUCAACAACAAAAGAAGCUAAUUUAGGACAAGUAUUUAUUGCCAUUAAUCCAAAAUGUUUUGCACCUGAUUUUCAAGGAAGAGUUCAAGAUUUAAUUGAUACAAUGAGAAAUUUACCAAAAGCUAAUAAAAACGGUCUAGCUGUAGAAGUUGCUGGAGACAAUGAAAGAAUUCAUGAAAUUUUUGUUGAAAAGCUUGGUGGCAUUCCAUAUCAUCCAAAUCAAAUAAGUAACAUGAAGGAUAUUGCUGAAAAAUAUGGAAUAAAACCAUUUGAAUUGUUAGGAAAAGUAGAUGAUUUAACUAAAAACUAG